CGUCCGUGUGGAAUCAGCGCAGAUCGGUGUGCGCUAUGGCGCGGCUCCGGCGCUCCGUGUGCGGCGAUGAGGAGCUGUAAUGUGCGCUGUCGGACGGACUCCCUGACACUCUGCACUUUGUCUUCUUCUUCUUCUUCAUCCCCGCAGGAGAUGGUGACAGGAGGAUAAUUCCAACUUCGGACUGUUUUGUGUGGUUUUUUUUGUUCGUCGGCAAAGCGCGCUCAAUCAGUUGGUGAGUGUCCGUCGUUGCGCACACAUAAACUGUCACCUGUUUCAGCUCCACAGGGGCUCUGAGAUGACGGAGGUGGAGCCGGUGCUGGACUUUGCCUCCUCGGGGCGGUCAGGGAGGAGGAACGCCUUGCCUGACAUCUUGGGUUCUCCGGCAGGUGUUAACCCCGGUGACCUGCCUCUUAAACUGGCUGAGCUGUCCCUCAAAGAUGGACCUGGAGGAGCUCAGUCGCCGACGGCGGAGGAGGCUCCAGCUCCAUCGGAGAGCGCAGAGGCCAAAGAGGGAUCGUAGGGACUCGUUGAUUUUACCUGCAGAGGAAACCUGACGGACGGGAUGAAGGACGAGACGGAGGGCGACCUGCGGGAGGAGGAGUGACGUAGACCUGCCGAGAGUCGGUCUGUCUGCCAGGCGGCUGAACCACGGUCUCCCAAAGGACUGGAUACAGGAGCUAAAGACUGUUUGACGCCCAUCUAAAACAGAGUCAGACGCCACUUAGUUACGAGUAAAUGUGCGUGUUGGUGAACGAAUCACCGGCGACACUGAGACUCAAAGGGACCAUGACAGAUUGUAUACUGACUAUUUUUCUAUGAUUUAUUUAAAAGGGGUUCAUCUUAUAUAGGUCAAACUGUCAUAUGUACCAUUUGCUUGCAUUCCUGCCUAUUGUUUUAAAGUGAAAAAUCUAAGUUGGAAGGGAGUGUCAUCGCGGCUUGUAAGCUUUUUAUCUCAGCUACAAGCAAGUGGUACAUGUGACAAAAAUGACAUAAAUUGAAAAAAGAAAAAAAAAAAAAUAGGAGAACUCUUGUGUCGUCUUAUGCUUUUACACUAAAAUGUAUGAUCUAUGUUUUAAAAUCCGGGGCUGGAAGGAAGCUAUUGUACAGUAUAUACCUUGUAAAUGUACAGUUUUUAUCCCUCCUUACCUUACCAGACUGUUUUAAUCCUACUAACAUGAGCAGGCAUUUCAUUUUGAAGGUCUCACUAUGAUGCAAGACGUUACGAGGAAGAGCCGUCGGUAUCUGUAGACAUUCCUUUAGUGAAUAUAAACCCACUGCCAGUACAUGCUGCUUCAUUAAAAUACACAGAGGAGUCGAGGAUUUUUUUUGGCUCAAGGCUGCUUUUAGAAGUCUCUUCAUUUUCCAAACUAAAAAAAAAUGUGCCUAGUGGCGGUUUACAACUAAAAAUGUGUAUGUUUUUUUUUUUUUUUCUUUGUGAAGUACUGUUAUCAACCAAUCUGGGCUACUGAUAUUUCCUGAAUUUUACAGGGAGGUAUCGCAACAUGACUAUUGCUUGAAGUGUCACCGAAA